UCCAGCUCUCUGGGAAGUCUGUCCCAGCACUGUCCUGUCCCAGAUACAGCCACCAAUGUCAGGUGUCGGGGAAAUUUUGAAAGCAGUUGGUGAUUUUGGGCGAUUCCAGAAAUGCCUGGUGCUGCUGUCCGUGAUCCCCUGCCUCAGUGUGGCUUUCCACCAGUUUUGCCAGCUCUUCAUGGUGGUGGAAGUGCCUCACCACUGUGACACCAGCUGGAUCCUCGCCGUGGGCCCCAACCUGACAGAGGAAGAGCAGCUGAACCUCACCCUGCCCCGGGGCCCCGACGGGCACUUUGAGCAGUGCUCCAUGUUCUCCCCGGUGGACUGGGACCUGGAUUCCAUCCUGGCCUAUGGGCUGAACCACACUGAGAAGUGCAGCAGUGGCUGGGUGUACCCCUCCGAGCAGCCACCGUCCCUGCUGACCGAGUUUGACCUGGUGUGUGACAGGAAGGACCUCAAUGACAUUGCCCAGGCCAUCUACAUGGCAGGGCUGCUCCUGGGAUCCAUGAUCUUUGGGCCUCUGAGUGACAGGAUCGGCCGCCGCCCGGUCGUUCUGAUCUCCGUCUUCCUGCAGGGCUUGUUUGGCCUGGGAAUUGCCUUUGUGCCCCAUUUCUAUGUGUACAUGGCCUUCAGGUGUGUGGUGGGGGCCUCCGUGUCAGGGAUCACCAUGACAUUACUGGCCUUAGCUACAGAAUGGAUUGGUGUCUCCUCCCGGCCAAAUGCAGUGCUCACCUCUCACUGCUGCUUUGCCAUCGGGCAGAUGAUUUUAGCUGGUUUGAGUUACGGGAUUCGCAACUGGAGGCUGCUGGAGAUUGCAGGAUCUGCUCUUAUAUUUGCCUUUUUUUUCUGCAUGGGGGUGCUCCCAGAGUCACCUCGCUGGCUGAUGACCAAGGGCAGAAUCGAGGAAGCCAAGAAGGUGCUGCAGAAGGCGGCGGCCACCAACAAGCGCAGCCUCCCACCAGAGCUCCUGGAGCAGUUGAAGCCUGAGAAAGAGGUCAAGUCUGGAAGUUUCCUGGAUCUCUUUCGGAAGAAGCACCUGCUGAAGGUGACUUUAAUCAUGUCAUGUGCCUGGUUUGUGAACAGCUUUGUCUACUACGGGCUGAGUCUGAACGUGACAAAUUUUGGCCUGGACAUCUACCUGACUCAGCUGGCCUUUGGAGCAGUGGAAAUCCCAGCCCGUUUUGCUUGUAUCUUCACCCUGCAGAGGUUCGGGAGGAGGAAAACACAGGUUGUUCUCCUGGUGCUGAGUGGCCUGGUGUGUCUGAUCAUCACUGGAAUUCCUGAAGACCAGCCCGUGGCAACCACCGUCCUGGCCACCAUUGGCAAGUUUGCUGCCUCGGCCUCCUUCUCCACCUCCUACGUCUACGCUGCUGAGCUCUUCCCCACGGUCGUCAGGCAGACUGGCGUGGGGCUGUGCUCCGUGUCGGCGCGGGUGGCCGGGAUCCUGGCCCCGCUGGUCCGGCUGCUGGGCCAGCACCACCGGGCCAUCCCCAUGGCCAUCUUUGGCAGUGCCCCCGUGCUGGGGGGGCUGCUCUGCAUCCUGCUGCCUGAGACCUGUGGCACUGACCUGGCAGAUGACACAGGGGAUGGCCACCCUCCAGCUCAGGUCUGUGAAAAUGCCACCAGCAGCUCUCAGAAUGGGCAGGUGAAAGGAAAAGGUGCUGACCAAGACAAUGAGAGCACGAAGACCACCUACUUCUAGCUGGGUCUGCAGGUGGCAGUGGAUAAAGGCAGCCCAGUGCUGUGUGGGCACUGAGGACAGGCAGGGUCUCUCCUCCACAGGAUACCACCUUUGCCUGGGCCAUCACUGCCAAUUCUUGGGUUUCCUUGUCUUUUUUGCCUUCCUGUAUCUCCCUCUGUAGCUUGUCCUCAGGCACUGCAGGCUGUCGCUGGUGUCCAACUGUGCUCUCACCAGAGAAAAUUAGGUGCUUUUUACUUGAGGGGAAAAAAGAAAGAAAACAAGAAAUAGAAUGGAGGCAAUUCCUCUUCAUUUUUCCUGGUAUGUCUCCAGGAAGAUGAGACUGUAAACUUUGUCCAGUGAAACACCCACUAGAGCAUUGGAUAAACUUGCAAGAGAGAACUGGGCUCACUAACAGGAGAGCUGGAGCAGAUGCAGCACUGAAAAUAAUCUCACACUUGCAAGGAGUGAUUUAUCGUGGCUGUCUAGCAAGAUCAUCUCGUUCUCUCAUAAAAACACUCCUUUUUAUUUUUUUCGUAAAUUUGAGAUACUCAGCUGAG